AUGGUAGAGCAUACCGACCCGGCACGCUCAAGAGUGUCGACGCUCAUCGCUCAGCAUAUUCCGAACCUGGACCAGUACCAAGCUUUGUACCAGUUCCUUCAUGCCAACCCCGAGCUUUCACUGCGCGAAAAGGAUACUGCAGAGGUCGUGGCAGCCCACCUGAGACAGUUGGAAGGGUUUGAUGUCCGCACGGGCAUCGGCGGGUAUGGAGUGGUCGGCGUCCUCAGGAACGGGCCAGGCAAGACUGUGCUUUUGCGGGCAGAGCUGGACGCCCUGCCCGUUCAAGAGCGCACUGGUCUGGAAUUUGCGAGUUCCCGAACUGCCGUGGAUGAGAAUGAUUCCGUCACAUAUGUUAUGCAUGCAUGUGGCCAUGACUUGCACAUGGCGUCCCUACUCGCCGCAUCAGAAUUUCUGCAUAGGAGCCGCCAGGCUUGGAGUGGUACUGUCAUCGCCUUGUUUCAACCCAACGAAGAACAAGGUGCUGGUGCGCAGGCUAUGGUCGAUGAUGGCCUGUUUGUAGAGACCGGACAUUGUAUCCCGAUACCCGACGUGGCUUUGGGCGGCCAUGUGAUGCCUAUGAGAACAGGAACGAUCAAGACACGUAGUGGAUUGAUGGGCAGUGCCGCCGAUAGUUUUUUGGUGACUCUUUAUGGCCGUGGUGGCCAUGGGAGUCGCCCACACCACGCCGUCGACCCUGUGGUGAUGGCGAGCAGCACAGUAAUGAAGCUUCAGACGAUCGUAAGCCGCCAGACCGACCCACGAGAAACUGUCGUGGUCACGGUCGGGUCGCUGCAUGCAGGGUCUGCGGCGAAUGUCAUCAGUGAUGAGGCUGAACUCCAAAUCAACAUCCGAACAUUCAGCUCCGAAACCAGGCAGAAAGUGAUAGAGGCGGUCAAGCGCAUUGUCGACGCCGAGUGCAGAGCCUUUGGCAGCCCAAAGCCACCGCUCAUCAAGCACAUUGGAUCAUUUCCGCUGCUCUAUAACGAUGAAGCCGCCACUGACAUCGUUUCGCGAGCGAUGACGGACCACUUUGGAGCCAAUUUCGGCACAGACGCAACAAUCUCCACCGGGAGCGAAGAUUUCGCCAACCUAACAUCCCCUCUGUCAAUCCCAAGCGUCUUCUGGAACUAUGGCGGAAUCGAUGCCCGGCUGUGGGACGAUGCAGUGCGCGACGGAAAGGUGGAAGACAUUCCUGGAAAUCACAGUGCCUUCUUCGCGCCCGUGAUACAACCCACGUUGUCGGUUGGGAUCGAGGCAUAUGCCGCAGCAGCACUAGCAUUUCUGCUAUAA